AUGGCACCCAAGAAGAACGUGAAAGAGGAAAAGCUUCUGCUCGGACGUCCCUCCAAUAAUCUAAAGAUUGGUGUGGUGGGUCUUCCCAAUGUAGGCAAGUCCACAUUUUUCAAUGCACUGACAAACGCCUCGGCCGCCGCCGAAAACUAUCCCUUCUGUACCAUCGAUCCGGAGGAAUCACGAGUGUCGGUACCAGAUCCUCGCUUCGAUUGGUUAUGUCAACAUUACAAGCCGGCCAAAGAAAUUCCUGCCUUUUUGACGGUAAUUGAUAUUGCUGGUCUGGUUAAAGGCGCUGCAUCGGGUGCGGGACUUGGCAAUGCAUUCUUAUCGCACAUCAAGGCGGUGGAUGCGAUUUUUCAUGUGGUGCGUGCGUUUGGUGAAGCAGACGUGAUUCAUGUGGAAGGUGACCUGGAUCCGGUGCGUGACAUGGAAAUCAUCCACGAGGAACUGCGAUUAAAGGAUGAGGAAUUCCUUUCGAAGCAAGUCACCGAAUUGGGUAACGUGGUGCGUCGACUGGGACACGGUGGAAAUGCGGCCGACAAGGCCAAGAAGGAAGAAUUUGCCGUAGUCAGCAAAGUAUAUGACUGGGUCAAAGAAGGCAAGGAAGUCCGUCAUGGUAUGUGGUCCAACAAGGAAAUUGAAGUGAUCAAUACACUCCAUUUGAUUACGGCCAAACCGGUGAUUUAUUUGGCCAAUGUGAGUGAGAAGGAUUAUCUGCGCAAAAAAAACAAGUGGUUGCCCAAGAUCAAGGCGUGGAUUGACGAGCAUUCACCGGGCGAUUUAAUGAUUCCUUACUCGGGUGUAUUUGAGCACCGUCUCACCUUGAUGGAGCCCGAGGAAAAGGCCAAUACCUUGAAAGAAUUGCAAGUAGCAUCCGUCUUGUCCAAAAUCAUUGUGGCAGGUUACAACGCGUUGCAAUUGAUCUAUUUCUUUACUGGAGGACCCGAUGAGGUCCGUGCAUGGACGAUCCGCCGCAGCACCAAAGCACCUCAAGCCGCCGGCGUCAUUCACUCGGAUUUCGAACGUGGAUUCAUCAUGGCCGAAGUCAUGCGAUACAACGAUCUUCAUGAACUCGGUAGCGAAAAUGCAGUCAAGGGUGCAGGCAAGUACAUGCAAAAGGGCAAAGAUUAUGUUGUCGAAGACGGAGACAUCAUCUACUUCAAGUUCAAUGUCACUGCCUCGGCCAAGAAAAAGUAGAUUCCCUCCUGUAAACAAAACCUAUCCAUCAUGGCCGUUUCUCUUUGUACAUUAACAAUUGAGAAGAAAACCAAAAAGAAAAAAAAAU